GAAUCAGUCGAGCGACUGGCCCGACAGCGAGGGGUGGAACCCCGAGACUUAAAGGGCUGCGGACUUGUGCAAACUCUUUAGAUACGUUUUCAUAUUGUUUGAUGAAGUUUUAAAUAGAGACACUGUAAAUACUAUGUGAGCAUAACUUCUCCAAAUAAAUACGUCGUACUGUAAACUGCUCUUUGCCUGUGAACAAGACUUCACGACAAAGAACAACAAAAAGAGGAAGUGGGAGGAAAUGCAUCUGAGAGCAGAUACUGUGAGAAGCUGUGAACGCCAUCACUCUAAUCAGCACACCUACAAGGAGCUGUUUUCUAGCUUGCAUGAUAGGAGAUGCUAAUACAAAAUGUUGCAUCCCCUUUCAAAGUGUGAAAACUUCCUUUUUCUGUAAAGUCUCAUUCUCGGAGUGAGGCUGUGUGUGACAGACUGAUACAAGUGGGUCCUCUGAGAAAUCCAGUUGUAGUCCCACAUGAGAUGGAGGCUCAGACUGUCACCUGGUUGGUUUUUCUGGCCCUAAUAAAACAUGUUUCUACCAUUGAUCCUAGCGGUCCCUUCAAACUAGAACCUGGUGUGCUGCUGGCUACUGAAGGAUCCUGCGUUGAAAUUAAAUGCCAAGUUACAAGAAAUUUUUAUGAUGGGGAUGCAAACUGGUUUUGGAUGAAAGAUAUACGAUGGGUCGACAAAAACUAUACAUCCACUGUCAUUUACAGCACAAACACCUUGACACGUCCGGUCAGUCCUGACUUUGCAAACAGAGUGAAUUACAUCGGUUCUCCAUCUUCAAGUUGGCAGAAUGCUAACUCUGCCAGGUUGAAGCCAUUGUGCAGUAUUUGGAUCUGUGACCUGAGAAGAAGUGACAGCGGAAAAUAUUCUCUGAGAUUCGAAGGGACGGGGAUAUGGAAAUGGUCAUCUGAAGAAGUGACCCUCAACGUUGAAGACCCGCCCACUGAACCUAAACUGUCUAUGAGGUCUGAGGUCACAGAAGGUCAGACCAUCACCAUCACCUGCACUGCUGAAAGUUUCCCACAGUCAACUCUCACCUUGAUGAGGAUCGACAAAUGUCAUCAGUAUUUGAAAAUCCCUGAAGAUAAUCUUAAUUCACGACCCAUCAACCCUCUCUACCACACGUUUACUGUGACUUCAGCCGACGCUGGCUGCUACGUCUGCCGUGCCCAGAACACUGAGGGCUAUAAGGACAGCAUGUGGAAGAAGUUGGUGGUGAAAUACCCGCCCACUGAACCUAACCUGUCUAUGAGGUCUGAGGUCACAGAAGGUCAGAUCAUCAGUGUCCGCUGCACUGCUGAAAGUUUCCCACAGUCAACUCUCACCUUGAUGAGGAUCAACACAAAUAAGCAGUCUUUAAAAAUCACUGAAAAUAAUCUUUAUUCACGACCCAUCAACUCUCUCUCCCACAAGAUUAAUGUUACUUCAUCCGAUGCUGGCUGGUACUUCUGUCGUGCCCAAAACACUGAGGGCUCAAAGAACAGCAAUCAGACGCAGGUGGUGGUGAAAUACAGUCCCAACAAUGUGACAGUUCAAGCCGAUCCUGGUCUUGAUGUGAAGGAAAAUCUGUCGUUGACACUGAGCUGUUCUGCCGAGUCCAACCCACCAGUGAGCUCUGUCACCUGGAGGAAGACGACUGAUGGGAGAGAGGAAAUCAUCCCACAGACUCAGACUCAGACCUUCAGGGUGAAUUCAGCCAGUCCCUCUGACAGUGGACUGUACAGCUGUGAAGCCACCAAUGACAUUGGAAGUGGAAAGUCACAGCCAGCUGAGGUUAAAGUCAGAUACAGUCCCAACAAUGUGACAGUUCAUGCCAAUCCUGGUCUUGAUGUGAAGGAAAAUGCGUCGUUGACACUGAGCUGUUCUGCCGAGUCCAACCCACCAGUGAGCUCUGUCAACUGGAGGAAGACGACUGAUGGGAGAGAGGAGAUCAUCCAACAGACUCAGACUCAGACCUUCAGGGUGAAUUCAGCCAGUCCCUCUGACAGUGGACUGUACAGCUGUGAAGCCACCAAUAACAUUGGAAGUGGAAAGUCACAGCCAGCUGAGGUUAAAGUCAGAUUUUCUCCAAAACACACACACAUCACGGAGUCGGCAGAGAAGCAGGAGCUUGACGGGAGGAGCUCCGUGAUGCUGAGCUGCUUCAGUCACAGCUUUCCCCCAGUUCACAACUACUCAUGGUACAGGAAGAGUCAGGGAGAGGAAAAGGAUGAACUAGUGUCCGAGCAUCAAAACCACAUAGUGUACUCAAACCAGUCAGGAGUCUACUACUGCGUCGCACAAAAUGAAGUAGAUCACAGUUUGUCUGAUCCCGUCCAUCUGUUUGAACCCACAGGAAACUAUCUGCACAUCCUGAUGUUCCUCCUUCCUGCUCUAUUUGUCUUGAUGAUCAUCAUUUCAAUCGUCGUAGUUUUAAGAUUCAGGAGGAAAAACAUUUUUAAACAAGGAACAACAAACACCAAAUCCCCUUCUGGUUUUUCGGAGCAGUUGAGUCGUCCAGAGGACCAACAACACCAGCUUCUUCCAGACAGCACGCCUCCGACUGACAUCGACGUUAUUUACAGCAGUUUGAAUCUGUCCCAGGCUGCCUCUGCACAAAACCCCACAAGACAGAAAGCUGGAAACACAGAGGACUAUUCUGUCCACUAUGCUCCCCUGCACUUUAAGACUAACAUAAAGAAGAAGCAAAGAAAGGUGGAAGAAGACUCUGUGUAUGCGAAGGUGUCCAAGCCAAUGCGAGUUAAAAAGAAUGAACCAGAGAGCCUGCAGGACAAUGAAAACAUUAGUGAUGCAGCUGCACGUGCACCAACAUCUUCAAAUCUAUUUGACAACCACACCAGUGAAGGUGAAGUGGAGCUGAACUUUCCACAGGUGAGAUUCACAGCGACGCCCCGACGUCAGACGACCAACAGAGACUCCAGCAGCUCACACCAAGAUGAGAGUCUUUACUCUAACGUCAGGAACGUCUGAGGAAGAUGUAUUCACAAUAAGUCAUCACAGAGAGUCUGAAGAGUUCAUGUGUUAAGGAAAAUAGGUCGUAAUUGUAAAUCUACAGUAAUGUAAGCUGCUCAACAAACAUUAUGCAGCUACAACAAAACCCUGUGUGUUGGCAUUAGGAGUAUUUUAAAACUAGUUAGCAAGAAGGCAGAUAAGGUACAUUACUGAGCUAUAAUAUAAUAUAUAAAUAUUUAACACUGUUAAUUAAAGGUUUUAAUAAGAAUUGUAAACAUAGCAAAAUGUGAGGGAUAAACGGUUAAAAUACUUAUUUUGCAGCUUAAAAUGUAAAUAUUGUGAUUGUUAAACGAUGGUAUUAAUAACUGUAUUGUAUUAAAUAUAUAAUUGUUGGGACGUUGUAUUUGUGAACUACAGGUGUUCGUCCUUCAUGUGUAGUCAAAAGCUUAAAGCCGCAUGUCCUUUGUUCUGGAGAAAACCAGAGCCUCCAGAACUCUGUCUCCCAGGGUUCCUGAACGUCACACAGAGGUGUGAAAACCGACCGGAGACACAAGUGUCAACCACUAUUGGUCACUCUUGGCCCCAUGACCUAUGAGGUCACCAAGCCAAUAUAAGGCAUAUAUAUAUCUUCAGUCUUUCCUUGCAUGCAUCUAGUAACUUUCUCUAGUUUGGCACCAACACAAACAAACACAUAUUACAUUACAUGUCAUUUGGCCGACGCUUUUGUCCAAAGAGACUUAUAAUUAGUAAACUCAACAUUUAUGAGGGGCCAGGGGUCAGGGGUUCAGGUUCUUGCCAAGGACACUUCGGCAUGCAGAUAGGGAAGAGUGGGGUUUGAACCGGCAACCUUCUUGUUGGAGAACGACCACUCUACCCCCUAGGCCACACCGCAUAUCUCUUCACCCAUCUCUCUGACCUCCGCCACAUGUCGUAAACAUUCCAAAGGGGGGAGUCCGUUAUCUUCGGAGUGGCCAACCGCCAUUUUGGAAGCACCCUGACACACACAGACACACACACGUAUACUCACAUACAUAUCUUUAUUUAGUAAGUUCGCCGAUAGUAAUUUGUGUUUCUAUACUUUAUUAUAUUCAUAAUAAAUGUUUUUCCUUUCACAAAUGUUUUUUCAUUAAUGUUGUUUAAGUGAAUUUCGCCAAUCUCUACACUGUCAAGAACUCUAUAUCCUUCAACUUAGCUAGUUAUCUAUAAAGGAUUUGUUGUUAUAGUUAUGAAUUUAAUUAUUAAUCAGAGUUUUGUAGUUAGUACUUUCAUGAGACUUAAUCAAUAAAUUGGCUAUAUUUUCCCUUCCUUUGAAGGGUGGUGCCCCGAGGUAACUUUAAUCAAUUAAAGUUAUUAACCAAAUCUAUUGAAUGCCGAAAGGCACACCAUUUUAUGGUAUCAUGUUUAAUGCAUUAUUGCAUAACACAAUCUACAUAUAUAAAUGACCUGCAGUUAGACAAGAAAUGUUGAGAAUCAUUACUGAAUUCUUUUCUUGUGCUUUCCAGUGUUGUGAACUUAAUCCAUACCCACACACCUGAAAUGUAAAUAUCCUGUAGCUCAAAAUAAAAUGAAAUAUGUUGGAACAAA